CUCAGGUUUUUGUCUACAUUUGUGAUUUUGCAUGUGGAUAUUGUGAUAAGAGUGUACUUCAUGACAGAGUUUAAGGACGUGGCAUUGAAGCCAGGAGGUGCAGGAGGGCCAGCUGGUGAUAGGCAGAGCCCUGGGAGGAAAGGAAAGGGCCGAACAGCUCAUGGAUGGAGAGUCCUCCUGAUUAGCUGCCUCCUCUGCACUGCUGUUCAUCAUGAUCAGACUAAGGCCAUUGUGGAAGAGGGGCAAGGAGAAUACCGACGGUCAAGGUUUCAUACAAAGAACAUUGAUCACAACGGCAUCUCCGAGAGUAUCGACAGUAUUGAAGAUGGAAAGGCUGAAAAUAAGGUUGAGGAACUGAGAAAGAAAGAGAAAAAGAAGCAAAGUCAGGAAAAGAUGCAGGGAAAGGCUUGGUACAUUCGGUUAUUUAGAAAAAAGGCUGCCCCAACCACCACUGACCAAUGGACGGUGAUGAACAAGAAAGACAGGCUAAGGCAGAGGCAAGAGAAUUUGACAAAGGCAGAGGCUUGUCUGGAGGCUUUCUUCCAGCGACAGGAGAAAGAAAGAAACAGACUCAUCGUCAGUAAUCUGAUUCAGAGGAGCCAAAAGGUCGUUGAAGCCAACAAGGUAUGGAGCUCUCUGCCCAUGAGAGCAGAUGAUGUCAUCAGGUCUGUGACCUUCCGUGAGCCGAGUCCUUGCAAUGUGCCGCCUCUGAAAGCUGGACUGUUCGGUCAGAGAGAUGCUGAGUGGCGUAGGGUGUUGGACGAGGUCAGAAAGACACAGAUGGAAAAGACUCCGGAGAAGAGGAUGGCUGAGAAGACCUCUCAAAGUACCGCAUCUAUUGAUUGGAGGAGAGAUCUUACCACACUCUUUAUUGGCUGCACCGUGUUUGUCUUUGCGUGGUUCUGUGCCAAUGCUUUCUAAAGCGGUGGACCCCUCCCUCAGCGAUGACUGAAGAGGCUGGGAUACUGACACUGCAGAGAGAAGCAAUUCCUCUUGAGAAGUGUUCACUUCUGUACAAUAAACAGAA